CUCAGCUGCGGAUCCCGCGCCUGUCAGCCGACUCCAGUCAGCGGCUGCUGGUCCGCGCGCCCCGCUGCCGCGAUGCCGUAGCGCCAUGUGCCACUGCUGCACAGGGCUCAUCAGGGAGGCUCCAGCUCCUGAGUGGCUCACGUGACCCUGGCAGGGUUCCAGCUGGCCUCUGGCUCCACACUUUGGAAGCAAGUUGGCAGCCCUCCACCUCGAGUCCCUACCUCCCCACCACCAGCAGCUCACUUGUGCCAUGGAGGCUCCAGAAGUCCCUGUGGGGUCGCUGAUUGACUUUGAGACGGAGCCCCUGCCCUCUCCUCCCCCAGAGGCCCUGCCUCCACACCUGCAGAAAAGAGACAGCUCUCUGGGGGAUGGUGCAUCAGAGAGUGAGACCACCGAAUCUGCAGACAGCGAGAAUGACAUGGAUGAGUCGCUCUCCCACCCAUCCUGGGACCAGUACCGGCGCUCCUCCUCCAACGACUCUUACUCCUCCAACCACAGCGCUGCGUCAGUUCAGGACGAGGAGGCCCUGGAGCUCCGAGAGUUCAUGUGCAGUUACGUGGAGAAGGUCUUCUCUGGCGGGGAGGAUCUGGACCAGGAGGAGAAAGCCAAGUUUGGGGAGUAUUGCAGCAGUGAGAAUGGGAAAGGUCGGGAGUGGUUUGCCCGCUUUGUGAGCGCCCAGCGCUGCAAUUCCAAGUGUGUCUCAGAAGCAACAUUCUACCGCCUGGUGCAGUCCUUUGCAGUGGUGCUGUUUGAGUGUCACCAGAUGGACGACUUUGGGCCUGCCAAGAACCUCAUGACCAUGUGCUUCACCUACUAUCACAUCGGGAAGCCCCACCUGCUCCCCUCAGAGUCCCGGGAGAAGCCUGCAGGGAGCAUCGACUCCUACCUGAGAUCUGCCAACAGCUGGCUAGCAGAGAAGAAGGACAUUGCCGAGCGCCUCCUGAAGAACACCUCCGCCAAGACCGAAAACGUCAAGGGCUUCUUUGGGGGGUUGGAAACCAAGCUGAAGGCCCCCCUGGGGAAGAGAAACGAGGAAGAUGACAACAAACCCAAGGAGAAACAACAGAAGGCAGUGACUGUGUACAGCCCAGAAGAGGAGAAGAAGGGCGAGAAGAUCUACCUAUACACGCACCUGAAGCAGCAGCCCAUUUGGCACACCCUGAGGUUCUGGAAUGCUGCCUUUUUCGAUGCUGUCCACUGUGAGAGGAGAAAGCGCUCUCCCACUACCAGAGGGAAGGCUGGAGAGGAGGAGGAGAAGAGGGAGAAGUGGUGCCACAUGACCCAGGAGGAGCGGGACGACAGCCUGCGGUUCAACGAGAAUAUCACCUUUGGACAGCUGGGCACAUUCACGCACAACAUGCUGGCGUUUGGCCUCAACAAGAAGCUGUGCAAUGACUUCCUGAAGAAGCAGGCUGUGAUUGGAAACCUGGACGAAGAGCAGUACAAGCUGCUCAGUGACCACAUUGAGCAGAUGGCCGCUGAGUAGCCCUAGGAGGCUGCCCCUGGCCCCCACCAUGGAGGACUGAGGGUGCAUGCUGUGCUCCCCGGCCCAGCAACUGGCUGUCACCCUCCAUAACCCUGCAUGACAUUAGCAGCGCCCGGAGCCACUCGCUGCCCUAGAACCAGCUGUUAGAAGAACCUGGUGGCCCUCCUCACCUCUCUCCUCCACCUGUGCCUGCACCCCGUCUCUGUGCCAAGGGAGCCCUGGACUCUGAGGCUAAAACCAAGGUGACUAUUGAAUAUCAGCCUCUUGUGAGGAGGGCAGCUGCUGGACUCCCACAGCUGCAGGAGACUGUGCCAGAGCUGGGCAGCCACUCAGGAUGCAGGUCAGGGAGGCCGAAGCCUCUGCCCACAGGUGUGGGCCCCUCACCCACUGCUGCUUGCCCGCACUCGCUCUCUCCCUGGGGGACAGGAAGCUGGAGGAGAAAAACACCUUCUAUUUUAGAGAAGAGCUGUGAGAAGCACGGCACCAGGACCCAGCUCGACUCAGCCUUGGUGUGAACUAGCAAGUGAGCGACUAAGGAGCAAGAGUGUGGCCUGGUCCAUCAGGGCACAGCCUCGGCAUGGGCUAUGCACGUGGACAGCUAGCAGUACCCCCGGAGGAGCUGCGUUUGUUACCAGCCCAUGCAAGCCCCGGGACAGUGACGUUUCUUAGGAGCUGCAAGACAGUGCCCUUCCCAAACCAGACAGUGCUGCUCUUCAUUUCAACGAGGACAGGACGUCCAUACUCAGGGUUACGGGACAGAAAGAGACAGAGCAUUGCUGGGGGCUCUUCACUGGGAAGUCAGCACUAGACUCCACUCCAGCCCUGUGACUCGUGUCCUCCAUCACCUCAUCUCAGCACCUGGGGCUUGUCCCAGCCACAUCUGCCGGUCCGUGAAGCUGACAUCCAGGCCACCAGCACCAGGCCCGCCAGUUCCCCAGCCUGUGCUGCCCCAGCACGUCCUCUGCCUGCUGCCCUGUACCCCUCUGACACUGGAGUCGGCGCUGGGCGAUCUCUUCUCUCUCCCUCCCUCUCCUCACUCCAUCAUAUUAAAUAGCUGUUUCACCUGUGAA